AUGUUUAGAUCAAUAGUUAGAGUCAUCCCUAGAGCGUUUGCCCAACCACGCUUGAUACCAAGAACAAUCACCCCACUUGCCCAAUUCCAUACCACACCUAUAGUGUUCUCACAAAAGAGGAAAUCUAAAAAGGGAAAGAAGGAUGAACCAUUAGAAGAAGAUGUUGAAGCACCCAAGAUCGAUCUUAGUGAUGCCACUAAGAAAUUCGAUUCUGUUAUUGAAAAAUUCUCAAAACAGGCCACUCAAGUAAAGCUUGGUAAGACUGACCCAAGAAUAUUCGACAAUUUAAAAGUCAACAUUCAUAAUGAUUUAGUUCCAUUCACCUCACUUGCCCUGACUUCUGUCAAGGGUAGACACUUUAUAAUUACCUUGUUUGAUCCUGCUUAUGGAAAACAUAUCAUUAAUGCAUUAAUUGAUUCCGAUUUGAACAUGAGUGGACAAUUAGAUCCUGCUAAUAAGUUUACUUUGAAAGUUCCUGUGCCUAGUAUCACUACUGAGUUGAAGAAGGAAAAUGCCAAGCAAUUGAAGGAAAUUUAUGAAAAGUUCAAAGUCGGAAAGACCAACUCGUUAGCUGCCGUGAGGAGUGACAUUAGAACCAAGUUCCUCAAGGAUGCAAAAUCAAGCAAGAUUGGUGAUGAAGAAACAAAAACUUUGGAUGAGUUUGAAAAAUUGCAUAAAUCAUACACGGAUAAGUUGACCAAUGUGUUUAAAACCACCGAAGCUUCUAUUCUCAAGUAA